AUGUCAACUGUUAUUUUUGGUGACGAAUUAGACUGGCGAUUUGCUAUAUUGAUUAAAACAAUGAUAGUAUUUAAUGCCAUUCCCGUUCUAUUGUUAUCAUUAUAUAUUAUCAUAUCAAGCAUUGUCAUUUAUUCGUCAGCUGCUCUUGUACAACUCACCUCAUUUCUCUUUGGAUUAGCGAUAUUUGCGCCAAUUAUGUUAUUUUCUUCACUGAGUGCACUUAUCGUUAGUCUUAUUAUCAUUACUUCGCGACGAAUUUUCAUUAAGGAAAAUGUACGACCAUUUUCGAGUUUUGGAAGCUAUCAUGAAGAACUGAAAAUGGAAUAA